AUGUCGUCCUCAAUCAACAUCCCCACCGCGUCCUCUGCGACAAGCAGCCGCCGUAAACUCCGCAGCGACAACCAACCCCGCCACCAGCACCAUCUACGAUCGAUGGAUGCCACACUUGGCUCUCCUGUUUCGUCGUUACCCAUGACGCCCUCGUCUUCUGCUUCUUCCUCCUCACCUUCCUCGUCGACAGCAUCUUCUGUGUAUUCCGCAACACCGACCCGCAUCCACAAGUCCAAGAAGGGCAAGGGUGUCAUGCCACCCGCUCCACCUGUCCCGCCAACGCGAAUUGAGGAGAAGGUAAACCAGCGGAUGAGCCACGUACGCCGACCAAGCCUUCUCGGGCCUGCCAUUGCACAAGAGGAAGCACGUGUCAUCAACAUUGGCGAUCCGGACGGCCCUCAAAGAUUGAUCUCCUACCUGACCUCCAGUCAAGGCUUCGAGUGGAACCCUGAAAUCUUCAUUCCAUCUUACAUCGACUGCGACUACACUCCUCUGGACCACCGGCCGCGAGAGCCAAUCCACGAGAUCUUCCUCAGUGACGAGGAAAUCGAGCAGAUGUUCCCGAAGUAA